GAUUUGGUCAGAUAUGAAUUGGGUUCAACGAAAAAUCUACCUUUACAACGUCACAUUCGGGCUUUACAUGCUUGAUUGGUGGGAACGAUAUCUUUUGAGUAUCCUUUCUCUUUCGAUUGAUCUGAUCUAUUUUAACCUUAUUCGAUUCUUUGGUGAUAAUCUUGAUGUGGUUUAUUCUGUACAACGGAUCUCGCUACUUUUCAGAGCUUUGCAA